CGCUGCUCGUCCAAACAGCUGAGCGUUACCAGUGUAUGUAGUGAACACAGUAUCCUAGGACGGUAACUAUGCUAGCUAACUGAAUGUGCUUAGCUCGUGUUUUAUUACAGUUUCGUUAGGAACUCGGCUCAUGGUUUAUUUUCCUUUUUAUCGUCUUAUUUUUCCUGAAGUGUGGGCGGUUGUUGACUGAAUUAGAGCCGCCGAUCAGCUGACCGGGCACUACCUCACUGUAAUAACAGCGAUGCGGAUUAUUCAUUACUGAAGCUGACAGUGAGCAUAGUCUCAUUUCCUACCGUAAUGAGGCCGAAAAGAAGCUGUUUUUGACUCAAAAACUGUGCAGUCUGGGCCUCCACCUUCCCCCACCAUGACCCUGAGUUUGUCCCCUGCCGCCGUGUGCCAGUGCUUCACCCUGGUGACCCUCUGCACGUCCAUCGCCGAUCCCAACUGGAUUAAUGUGAAGAACGGCACGGACGACAGCAAACAGCUCAUUUAUGGAGUGGCGUUCACACUGCACGCUGCACAGAACCUCACAAACACCGGUCCUCUGGGUGGAGUGAAUGGAUGGGGUAUGUGGCUGCUCUACACCCUGGCUGCAGUCUGUUAUGGUGCUGUGCUGCUCUCUAGCUCCUCCUUCCUCGCAGACUUCCUGGGUGCUGGGUUCACCCAUUCUAGACUGGUGGCCUUGCUCCAUUUUUCCACAGCGUUGCUGUGUAUGGUGAUCGUAGGAGUCUGUGGUGCAUGCCUGUAUGUGAUCCAGCAGAAUUUGCAGAAGGGCAAACUGGCCUGGUUCUGGGGCCAGACUGUACACACAGCCCAGGCCAGCGAACUUCAUGCUUCACCUGGUGAAAGCCUUUAUAUCGAGAUACUGGGCCUUUUCUUCUCCAUCCUGGCUUUGGUCUUCAGCAUCAAAUGCCCUUCACAGGCAGUCACUUCCAGCCAGUUCCUCGAUGUAGACUCCGACGAUGAAGAGAGGCAGCCUUUAACUGGGGCAGUGGGACUGGACAGAGAAGAUUGGGUAGCAGGAGAGGAGUCCAAUAGCUAAUAGUCUAUUUGAUCAAUGAGCUUUUUACAUUGUUGCCGUUGUAUCUUCAUAACGGUGAAAACGUUCUUAACUUUCUUAGGCAUUAUAUAUAAGAGAAUAGGUAUUCCUUGCUCCUGGGCUCCCCCUACUGUCAGCAAGUGUAAUUUACACUUCGAACAACCCCUUAAUGUCAUGCUUUACACAUGCAUUUCUGGACAGAAUGAGAGAUACAGAACCAUCACUUAAAACGAAAAAGCAUGUGGACUGAGGUGGUGACGUAACAUUACAGAAUUCUACACUACUAAGACUUAGGUUAUACAAUGUUAUACAGUACUUGCAAGGAUUAUCUUGCCAGCUUCACCUAAGUUAUAUAGUGAAGUUAGCAGCAUUCUAAGCCCAGAGUAGCAACAAUAGAGAAAUUCAGAAGUUGUUCAUUUUACAUUUUAGGUAAGUAGAGCAUGAACAUGCUCAUGAAGCUGCUAUUUUAAGCGUAAACUGGUACGUAAUGUUGCUUUAAAGUGCAUUAAUGUACUAUGAUAUUCAUAGUGAUUUUGGACCAUUUAUACUUGUCCAUCCAUCCAGGAUGGCAAUUUUAAGUUGAUUCUUAACAAGAACACUGUGACCUACACACUUAAAAAUAUAGGUGCUGUACACAUCUCUAUUCCAAAAAGAGUUAUUUGUGGAACCAAAAAUGGUUGUUUUGUGCCAUCACUCUUUUGUAGCACCUUUAUUAUUAAGAGUCUAUUGCACAAAUGAGAAGGAAAAGUGUUUAUUUAAUUAGAGCCUUUCUGUACUCUUGAAAAUAGAGCCCUCUGACCUAUACUUGACUUAGAUGUGCAGUACUAGGGGAAACAAAUAAACUUUUGUAGAGAACAGGUAUACAAUACUUAUGUGUGGAUGAGCAGCCUAAUUUAUGUAGCGGCAAAUGUGAACAAAAUAGGCUAACCCUAAAUUGUUUUAGGUAUUUGUCAUACUCAAGCUGAGCUUUAAUGCAGUUACAUGUAUGGCAAUGCUACCUAAAGGCCUAUUCAGAUCAAAUAUGAUGUCUUUUUAAUUAUUUUUUAUUUUUUGGAUGGAAAAAAACGGGUGCAAUUUUUUUUAACCUAGUUUAACUGUUACACCAUGUCUGAUGCAUUUAUUGCCUUCUGUACUUUUGUCCACAAGGCUAGAGAUUCCACAACUCUUAAAAUGUUCACUCUUUUUGUUUCUCUGCUCCCUGUCCACUGCUGCUCUGUUUAAUUUCCUCCUCCACAUGAUUGCUAAUUAGCUAAAGUUUGAUUGUUUGUGGAACAAAAACAGACUUGGAUGCUCCUGAACAAAACGCUUCCAAAAAAAAAAUCACUGUAAUUUCCCAGUAUUGAUCAGAAUAUAAGCGUUCGUGUUCUGAUUCGAACAUUAUCAGCUGAUUUGCUUCUGUAUUGAUGCUUAUUUGUUUGAUCUUCAAGUAUGACAACAGUUCUGAUUGGUCAGCUGAUUUUAAUGCAUUCAUAUACUGCUCUAAUAAUAAAAUAGAGCAGACUCUAAAUGAAAGGGUUACACAGUGUCUGACCGCCAGUUUCAUACUAUUCUGAAAAGCAGAAUAUACCUUUUUUCGCAGUUAAAAAAUGUUAAAAACUCUUUGUGAAUAGGCCUUUACACUGGUGCCAUUGUUUCAGUCUCUCAGUGUGUGCCACUGUAAUCAGGUUUCAUUUCAAAAUGUAUACAUUUAGAGGUACAUACCCGUCGGUGAAUUUUAUUAUAUAGUCACAAAAUUCCUAAAGACAUUCAGGUUCUUCUUGCAAUUACCUUGUUGUAACACUCUUCAUGUAAAUAACUUUAUACCUCUAAAGAUAUAAAUAUGGUAUAAAAUCUUGUUCUAUUAGCAGCACUUACAGCACUAUCCACCCAGAAGUAAGGUUAUUGUGUUAUUGUGACAUAACUUAUGUUAUAUCCUAUUGUAUCAGCCUUGGGGCUGCAUGCAGAAUCAAGCAUAAGACCAAUUCAGAAACCAAAGAAAUGACCAAAAGAGUACAAAAACAGCCCUCUCCUAUUUGCAGUAAAUUUUGAAACAUGAGUAUUAAGCUGGUUCCUAACAUUAAUAUUUAACAAUGCUUAGUGAGUAAGUGCAUCUAUCUAAGGGAAGCUAAACUGCACAACGCUCAUGGAUGAUAACACCUACCACGUAAAUGUAACAGGCAGGUCUUUGUGCCUUAGUACCUGUAGCAGACUGUUGUUUAUAAAUAUUUGUUUUCCUUUUAUGCAUAAAAAAUAUAGAUAACAUUUUAAAGUGAUUUUACUAGCAGUAUCUGCACAACAUGUGUCUUUGCUACUAUGUGUUUUCUUUUGUUUAGUUUAGUGUUUGUGUUUACACCAAAGGUAUUAGUCUUAUAAUGCUCAGUGAAGAUAUGCUGGACUGCAUAAAUUAAAAUGAUGACAAAUAUUAGGAUUUUAGUUGUAAAAAAAGUUGUGGCUCCAAGGUUGCACUUUUCCAGGGAAAACACAUUCAUGAAGGAUUUAUCUCUAGAGUUUAAAAUGUUCUGAUUGAAGGAGAAUGUGAAAUGCUAGGCUAACUUUGUUAACAAUGGAUUUAGGCUGUCACACAUCUUGUCUCUGUAAAUACACACUCAAACCCACUCUAAAUUUCUGUUUUUAUUUCUAUAUUUGUUUAUUAUGGGCUUAAUAGGUUUAGAACACUUUGGGUCGGCUUUCCAGGCUUUCCUGGGAUUAAACCUAGUCUUAUUUAUAUUUUUCUUUUAAAACAAUUUGGACAAUCUCCAUUCAAAAUGCUGUACACUGGGAAAAUGGGGAUGAGGUGGGGUGGUGAUCAUGCAACAUCCUGACUAACACUAUUGGUGCUAAAUGCAGUCAAAUCCUCACAGCAGUGUAUAAUAAACUCUUUAUUACCAUUGAUUUCGGAAAAAAACAAUGAGUAAAUAAAAGUCCCACCACAUUUGUUAAAAUAGUGUAAAUUCUAUUGGUUUUAAUAUUUAUAACAUAUUAUUAAUGCAUUAUUACUACUUAUUUUUUAUUGUAAGUUAAUGCGAAAAACCUCAAAUACAUUGGUGUAUUUUUUCCAAGAAGAGAUAGGUGACAGUCCAGCUCUGUGUCUCUUAACAGCAUUAGCCUAGCAUGCUCUAUUGUAAAGUGAAGAAGCACAAUUCAUAUAUUAGAUAUGUCUUGGCUAAUGGACGGCAUUUGUUGCAGGAUUGUUCUAUUAAACAUUGUAUUGCUUUGUAGGCAAUAGAUGGAUGUUGCGUGUUUAAAAAGCUCAUGAUGGUACGGAUGCAGUUGGAAAGAAUGUAAUAUAAUAAUCUCUGCUAUGACGAACCAAACCACUGCUGUAUAUCUGAAACAUUGCAUUUCUUGUGUUUGUAUUUGCUGCAUGUUGUCAUUGCUGUGUUACAAAUUUUUCUGUUUUUCAGAAUCAUUACUCACCCUCUUUGCUGUGACACACUAAAUAUUGCUUAACAGUUAAUGUUCAUUUUACUCCUACAAGAGAUAACUAAACUGAGUUGUGGUGUUUACAGAUUGUCUGUUGCCAUUUUUCCUUUAUUAAAAUUGAAUGAGUAUUUUAAGUAGGGUAAAGUGUUAACACUAUGCAGUGCACCUCACCUGUGCAGGUAGUCGAGCAAUCUGAUAGAUCCUGAUGUCCUGGCUAUGAAUUAACUUAUUUUUGAGAUCUAUUUAUCUGAGAAUGUAUUAUUAAUUAACAUUAUUUUGUGUUUGCAGUAAAUCAUUCAGUAAUAGUU